UGUUCAGCUUCCUGUAGAAGAAGAAGAAGAAGAAGGAGCAGGAGGAGGUUUUCGUGUUUGUUAGCAGUGAUGGCGUCGUACUGUGGAAUAUUUGUGUUCAUGAUUUCUUCUCUUUUGGUCUGCGCUUUGGCAGAGACGCGGCAGUUUACCGCAGAAAAUGUGAUCAACGUGACCGCCGUUAGUGAAAACGAAGAGUCAACCUACAACGUGCAGAUCAGUUUGAACAUCACCCUGGCGGACAACAAGACGAGCGUCAACGGGGUUCCGCUCAAGCCGCAGGAGGUGAUGAGGAUGCCGUGCCAGGCUUUGCUGUUAUACGGCAGUAACGCGAGCCUGAGCGACGGCGCUGAGACGUUCCUCAGCAGUGUGUUGAGGCUGAUGCUGGAUCACUCGUACCUGCAGAGCGAAGCAGGAGACGAGGUGCUGCUCCUGACUAUAGGGCAGGAGAUGAUCCAGCUGGGUGAAGAGAAGGUUUGGCAACCGGACGUGUGGGAAGUGAAAAUGCUGUUGAACCAGAGCUCAGAGGAGGUGACCCGAGAACAAUCCACCUACCCGGCGAGAUCCAGCAAGAUCGUGGCCAUGCCGCGGGAGAACGACUUCAUCAUGAGCGAGGAGUUCGUGGCUAAAACAGUCGACGAGCAGGUUCUACACACCACCAGUCACUACCCGCUGAAGCAGGCCGAAACCACACAGGAGGAGACGGCCGCGCCGGGGAAACUCCCUGAGACGCCGCUGCGGAUGGAACCCGACGUUCUCUUCGAGCACGGAGAGGAGGACACAUUCAAUCCCGAUGACCUGCUUCCAGACGUCCCUCUCCACAAGCCGCACUCGUCUUAUAACGUGGUCUGUCGUUGGGUGGAGGAGCUCCGGGACAAACUGAGGCGCUUCUGCACCGAGUCUCUGCCGCUCUUCUUCCUCAUCAUGUGGGUGGUGGUGGUCGGCGUGGUCGGCUCGGCGGUCAUCAUCAAGAUCCUCGACCUCCUGUUUCCCACGUGUGAACACAAGGGUUUCUUUCAUCUGAACCCAGAGACCCUGAUGCCUGAGGAGGAGAAGCAGAGCCUGAUAGAGAACAUGGAGCUGGGAGUGGAACAAGAGAAGAGCAGUGUGAAAGCAGAGCUGUACUGAUCCCCUUCUCCUACACUGUUAAUGCAUUUUCUGUGAGUUGUUUUUUUUUUUUUUCUUUUCUUUUCAUCCCUUUUUUCAAAUGUAGCACUUUACUCAUUUCAGAUUCGCUCCUUUAUUCAAAAGGACGAACGAUGUUUCCCAGUUCACCAAGGCAUUACCUGGAUUUGUUUUUGCUGUUGCAUUGUGUGUAAAACGCAGGCCGAGUUUUGGGGGGGAAAAAUGAUUGUAGUGAAUAAUGUAUUUAUGCACUUAAUCGAAAAGUAGUUUCGGGACCACUAUCUGUGUUUAAAGUGGAGGACGGUCGCACGCUUUUCCUUUUGUGGAGAAGAAAAAGUCAAAAUAUUCCCAAUUGUUAAAGAUUGCACUUUUUUUUUGGGAAAUUGAUGUUAUUUCACUCAUGUUCUGUGCUUUGAUGGUGUCCUGAAUAAGCUGCUCGAGUUGUAAAACCUAAAUCUACGUGGCAUGUGUCUCGUGCGUUUACGAUGACCACCGUUUAGUUCAUGGAAUGAGCCACUCCCCUUUCAGCCCUUUGAAAAAUGCGUAAAAUCGUGAAUCGUGUGUGGAGCACAAGCGUGCAUGCUUCAGGACACAAUUUUACUUCAUCCUGGUACUGUAUAUAGGACUUUAUUACAUAGACAUCAUGAUCAGCUUAAAAAUACACCUGGGACACUAGAAAAAAAACCACUGAUUGGAAGUAGUGUGUUUGAAAUUCAUCCUCGAUGCAGCACCUCGAAUGAAUGGCAGUGUAUUAAAAAAUGUUAUUGUGCAUUAUAAAAUAUUUGGUAUGUGAAGACGAUUCCAAUAAAUCACAGCCUUGACUUUAA